UGUGAUUUCGACAAUCAGGUUAUACCAUAUGCAAACGUUACUAUCAUUAAUCGGCCUAAACUAUAAUGUAAACUGUGGUUUCAUCUAUUGGGAUUUCAUAUUAAAAUCAAGCAAACCAGUUUUGUUACUGUGCCAGUAAAUAAUAGUUGGUUUUUAGUAAAACCUUUUCUUUGAAUUUCUCUUUUUUUUCCAGAAAUUAAACUAUGACCGAAAACUCAAGCGAGAGUUGUAUCUUCUUUAAAAAACGUAGUCGCAAAAAUGUGCGACAAAAAGAAAGUUCAUCCAGUGAAGAUGAAGCAGUUAUUAAGACUAAGAAAAGAAGUCAUAUCAAUAAUAUGUUAUAUCAACAGACUUCAAAAUUUGGCAAUAAUAAGAAAUGUUCAUCGGAUGAUGAUGAUGACAACGAUAAUGCUGGUAGAAAAAGUGCUCUUGAAACAGUCACAUAUAAAGCUUCACAUUCCAAGGAAUCAAGGGUUACAAAAGAUCAAAUAGCAGCCGCCACCUUGGAGAUUGAUACAGACAUCAAGUGUGAUGCCCAGUCUAUAUUUGAGCGUUCUCAGAAAUUAAAUAAGGAUUCUCAAGAUCGUAAUUCAUACAAGGGGAUGAAUAACUACGCUCAGUACAUUGAAAAGAAAGAUACUGUUAUGGGGAAUGCAUCAAGUGGUUUUAAUCGUAAAGGUCCUAUGCGAGCUCCAGCAAAUUUAAGAGCUACUGUUAGAUGGGAUUAUCAACCGGAUGUUUGUAAAGAUUAUAAAGAAACAGGAUUUUGUAGUUUUGGUGACAGCUGCAAAUUUCUUCACGAUAGAUCAGAUUAUAAGCAUGGUUGGCAAAUAGAACAGGAGUUAGCUGAAGGAGUCUAUGGAAUUGAUGGUGAAGAUAAUCGUUAUGAAAUUGUUCAUAAUUCUUCUGACGAAGAAGUAGUAGAAGACAUUCCUUUAAUUUGUAUGAUAUGCCGCAAAGAUUAUAAAGAUCCGGUUGUAACUAUUUGUAAACAUUAUUUUUGUAGUGAUUGUGCUCUGAAACGAUAUAAGAAAACUGCACGAUGUUAUGCAUGCACUACAGAUACUAAAGGAUUUUUCAAAUUUGCUAAGAAUUUAUUAUCACGUAUUGCUGCAAUGAAGGAGAAGAAGAAGAAAAAGCACUCAGAUUUCAGUGAAAGUGAUCAAGAAGAAGAAAAAGACGAAAAAAGUCACAACCAGUCGUGUUGUCAUUCUUCAUCAGUGUGUACAGAAGAAAUAAGUAAUGGUACUGAUCAGCUCAACAAGACUACUGAAAUAGAGUGUGAUCUUACUGGCAAAGUAAAACUUCCACAAUCAGCUGAACCGAAUUGGGCAAAACCCGAAGCUCCAGAGUAUUGUGAUUCUGAUGAAGAGAGUGAUUGA